AUGCAUCACAUCACCUCGGCAAACGAGCCUUUUUUAAGCUCGGAGUCGCUGUCGGCCGCAACAACGACGCAUGUACAAAGAAAUUUCCGCAUAGCCACGCGCAAGCUGCCCAUUUCUAAAGCCGGCGCCAUUGACGCCAUGACGGAACGCAUCGGAAUCCCGAUGCCCGAGAUGAUUUUCGGCGAUAACCUCGUGAGCGUGACGCACGCGCCGUCCGGCUGGUCUAUUCGCUUUGCGACUCCAGAGGCGCUCGACGCCGUGGAUAAGACGGACAAGCACAUGCUCAAGGUGGCGUACGCGCGCGACUGGGAGAGCACCCGCGAAGGCACCACGCAAAAGAUUAAAGAAGUCGUCAAGCCGUACGAUUGGAGCUACUCGACGACAUAUGCGGGCACGGAAAUCGCAGCAGAGGGGGCGCGGCUCACGGAGAGCAGCGAUGCGAUUCCUAUUGAACUGCUGAAGCGUCGUGAUCCAAUCUUGUUCUUUGACGAGGUCGUGCUGUACGAAAGCGAGCUAGACGAUAACGGCAUAUCCGUCUACAGCGCCAAGUUGAGGGUUCAUGAGCACCGCAUGUUACUUCUGUGUCGUUUGUUUAUGCGCUUGGAUAACGUAAUUGUGCGCAUUCGCGACACCCGCAUUUACGUCGAUUUUACUACCGAGCAAGUCAUUCGCGAAUAUACCGCCAAAGAAGCCAGUUUUGACGAAGUCAAAAAUGCGCUUUACCGUUCUGGUCGUUUACCCGACGAUAUUACCGUUGGUCUACGGGACCCCAACAUUCUCGAUCCUUUUUUAAAAACUGUCGAGCAUAGCAAUGAGUCUGUAUCACUUCAAAAGUGCUAA